GAAGGAAUCUAACGGUGUAAGGAAUAGCGUCAAACCUAAGCCAAAAAAACCUCCCAAAUUCUCUCCUUUUAAAACCCUCUCGAUCUCUCUCUCUCCUCUCAGUCCUCUCUCUCUCUCGCCGCAUCGCUGCUUCUUAAACCUCUCGGACGCGUACUCCUCUCUCGAACUCCGAUUUAACAUGGCGCUACCGAAUCAGCAGACCGUAGAUUACCCUAGCUUCAAGCUCGUCAUCGUUGGUGAUGGAGGCACAGGGAAGACAACUUUUGUGAAGAGGCAUCUUACUGGGGAGUUUGAGAAGAAGUAUGAACCUACCAUUGGUGUGGAGGUUCAUCCUUUGGAUUUCUUCACAAACUGUGGCAAGAUCCGUUUUUACUGCUGGGACACUGCUGGUCAAGAGAAGUUUGGUGGCCUUAGGGAUGGAUACUACAUCCAUGGUCAGUGUGCCAUCAUAAUGUUCGAUGUCACAGCAAGGCUCACAUACAAGAAUGUUCCCACAUGGCAUCGUGAUCUUUGCAGGGUGUGUGAAAACAUCCCGAUCGUUCUGUGCGGGAACAAGGUUGAUGUGAAGAACAGGCAAGUGAAGGCGAAGCAGGUCACAUUCCACAGGAAGAAGAAUCUGCAGUACUAUGAGAUAUCAGCAAAGAGCAACUACAACUUCGAGAAGCCUUUCUUGUACCUUGCUAGAAAGUUGGCUGGAGACCAGAACCUUCACUUUGUUGAGUCACCAGCUCUUGCUCCACCAGAGGUUCACCUUGACAUUGCUGCUCAGCAGCAGAACGAGGCCGAUCUUGCAGCUGCCGCAGCUCAGCCACUUCCUGAUGACGAUGAUGAUGCAUUCGAGUAGAUCUUCUAAAAUGGCUGCCAUGGUUUUCUCUAUUAUGCUGUUUUUGAUUUGAGGUUACAUAUAAAUCAAUCGGUCUUUUCAUAACAGAUAUUGAGAGAAUUAUAUUGGGAUUGUUUUGUUUGGAACCCAAAGAGAGUUUGCAUCUAAGUUUUUUUUCUGCCAAAAAGAAUAUGUGGUUAUUGCAAAACUUUAUUCCCAUCCUCUUUUCUAUUAA